CCCGCGAUUGGGCAUACAGCCGCUCUUACGCACUCCAACCAUAACUAUGCGCCACAUUGAUCUCCAAACAUUCUCGAAACAGGUUCUAUACGAACUCGCCCCAAGGUCGACAAUAUAAUACCUACCUGCCUUUGCCACAAGUUUUGAGUCCUCAGACAUACAUUCCAUCACGCUCAAAGUCAACUCAAACUAGCCUGCAUACGUUGAGUAUAUACCUGCCAGUGUACUUACAUACGACGCCAUCAUGGUCCUCGAAUAUUUCUCCCUCAAGAAGGCUGACCAGAAGACAAAACCACCUGUACAAGUCAAAGAACGUGAGACUCCUAGAUCUCCUGUCUUGACUGAAGAAGAAGAACGCUUCUGGCGUGAGGUCACUGAAGAAAGCACACCUCCACCUCUUCCAGAUCGGCCUCAGAAAUCAAAAGAUGCACAAAUAGCUUUGAUGGACGGUGCAGAACAAGUCGCUUUGCCCACAUCACCUCCAGCAGAGGAAGAGAAGAAGAAGAAUAGGUUCUCGGCCUUCUACGAGACGACCUUAGCCCGCGGUAAUUCCGUGCUCAGCAAGAGAAAAGAGAAGGGAGAUAGCAAAGAGAAGGAGAAGGAUGAUAAAAAGGAAGCCAAGAGCAAAGACAAGAAAGGAAAGCAGAAGGAGACUCAAGCAGUUCCUGCGGUAGUCGAGCCUGCGGCAGACGUAGAGAAAGAGAACAGCGAUCUCAACGCGGUCCUCGACCAACUCAACCUCGCAGCUGUGAACAACCGCGUUUUCAGCUUCUCCAAAGAAUCACAAGAACUUCUCGACAAGUUCAAAAUCAUCCUGAAAGACAUCGUCAACGGCGUUCCCACGGCUUAUGAUGACCUCGAGAAACUUCUUCGCGGCUCUGAAGAGCAACUCAACAAGCUGUACGAAGGACUUCCCCCCUGGAUCCAGUCUCUUGUGCGUUCUCUCCCCGCAAAGAUGACUGCUGCCUUGGGACCCGAAGUCCUCGCAGCUGCGGCAGAAAAGCCUAGCCUCUCAGCCUCUGCAACAGGCGCAUCGAAGAGCAAGAAGAAACGGCAGAUUCCGUCCCUCAAGAGUCUCGUGACCGCACAAGGCGCCGUAGCCACGAUGCUGCGCAGCAUCCUGAACUUCCUGAAGCUGCGAUUCCCCAUGUUCAUGACCGGUACAAACAUGCUGCUCAGCUUAGCCGUCUUCAUCCUCCUCUUCGUCUUCUGGUACUGCCACAAGCGUGGCCGCGAGACCCGCCUCGAGACCGAACAACGCGAAUCCAAAGAGCGCGCCGAGUCUGCCGCCAACUCCUCCGAUUCCGACGCGGACGACAGCAUCGUCCUCACGCCCACGAACUACUACGAGGAGUCGCUGAAGAAGCAGGCCGAGGAGCAGCGUGCGGCUAGCAAUGCAACAUCGUCCGAACCACCGUUGACGAUUCAUGAUGACAGAGUUGAUCAACGGCCCGUCAGUCCGCGGGUGGAGAACCUGCCGAGUGUGCUGGAUUUGCCGGAGCCGAAGGAGGUUCCCCUACCGAGUGCCACGCCUGGGGAAAAGAAGAACUAGAGGAAGGAUGGGGAGUUCGCAUUGGUUCCAGAAUGAAUUCGCAGCGCAGGAUUUUUUUUUGGGAAGGGGGAAGUAUUGCACACACACGAUAAAUGAAUGAUCGUAACGAAGACGACACAAUGAGCUACCAUAGUUUAAUGAAUUAAUACCCCAGC